ACAGCUAAAAAUCUCCCUCAUCCCCCGCCACACCCCUGUGCCCGAAGCCGUCGCCUACAUCCCCCUCACCCAAAACAAUCGACUUCAUGAUCGAACCUUUGCGAUACACUCGGCAUCAUAGAUAGCUGGGAAGGCAGCGCCGGGAUCGUGGCCUGCAGAAACUACCGAAACUUCCAUCUUUCCCAUCCUCCCUCUCCGCUCCUACCAGAAACCAUUGAGAAAGCCGGAGUACAUUAAUGGCAUGGAGGGCGAUUUGCAAAAAGAGUCUUCAAGUGAGCUUCUUAAAGGCAUUCACAGCUACAAAUAAAGGAAGUGGCACAUUUUUUCUCCCUGAUUUGCCCAAGUUGAUGCCAAGUUGUUAUUUCAAGGAUGUGCCUACAUUCUCCGUGGAUCAUAAUUUUUUGCUAAAUGGUUGCGUUAUCAGGAUGUUUCAUGCAAGUUACAGUCCGGCAUUGAGAAUGAAGGAACAUGUACCUGGUUUGAAAAUUCCUAAAAAAGAUAGACGGGUUAGAAGAGAAACUAGAAUUGAAGCUCCUGUUGAGGCACCGUAUGUUCCGCCAAAACAAAAAUUAACUUUGAAGCCUUUGUCUAACAAAACCGUUGAUAUUUUUGAAGGCAUGACUAUUGUUGAACUGGCUAAGAGGACAGGUGUAAGCAUAAAGUAUUUACAAGAGAUAAUUUUGAAUGUUGGUGAGAAAGUUGAUUCAGAGUUUGAUCCACUUAGCAUUGAUAUCGCCGAGCUAGUUUCCAUGGAAGUGGGGGUCAAUGUUAGAAGGCUACACUCUGAUGAAGGUGCAGUGCUUCAGCCAAGGUCUGCUGUUGUAACGGUUAUGGGCCAUGUUGAUCAUGGUAAGACUUCACUUUUAGACGCUUUGCGCCAAACAUCCGUUGCAGCCAAGGAAGCUGGUGGCAUUACCCAGCACCUUGGUGCUUUUGUUGUGGAGAUGCCAUCAGGUGCCUCAAUCACAUUUCUUGAUACUCCUGGGCACGCUGCAUUUAGUGCCAUGCGAGCAAGAGGUGCUGCUGUUACAGAUAUUGUUGUGCUUGUGGUAGCGGCAGAUGAUGGUGUGAUGCCACAGACACUGGAAGCGAUGACCCAUGCCCAGGCGGCCAAUGUUCCAAUUGUGGUAGCUAUAAAUAAGUGCGAUAAACCGUCAGCCGAUCCCGAGCGGGUCAAAAUCCAACUUGGUUCUGAGGGACUGCUGCUUGAAGACUUGGGAGGUGAUGUUCAGGUUGUCCAGGUUUCUGCUAAAACCAAAUUUGGAUUGGAUAAGUUAGAAGAAGCUUUACUACUUCAGGCAGAGAUGAUGGAUUUGAAGGCGAGGAUUGAUGGUCCUGCACAGGCUUAUGUUGUCGAAGCAAGGCUUGACAGAGGCCGUGGACCUUUGGCUACGGCAAUUGUAAAAUCUGGGACCUUGGUCUGUGGACAAUACAUUGUUGUUGGAUCCGAGUGGGGAAGAAUAAGGUCAAUCAGAGAUAUGUUGGGUGUGGCAACCACAUUUGGAAGACCUGCUAUGCCAAUUGAGAUUGAAGGUCUGAAGGGACUUCCGAUGGCUGGCGACGAUGUUGUGGUUGUGGAUUCUGAGGAGAGAGGUAGGAUGCUUAGCAAUGGAAGGCAGAAGAAACUUGAGAGAGAGAGACUUUUGAAGGCCAGUGAAGAAAGGAUUGAAACUGAAGAUAUGUCAGAAGAGACAUCUUCAACUUCAAGGGUUGAACUGCCUAUGGUGGUAAAAGCUGACGUGCAGGGUACCGUGCAAGCAGUUACUGAUGCGUUAAGAAGUUUAAAUAGUGCACAGGUUUUUGUAAAUGUCCUCCAUGUUGGCGUUGGGCCUAUUUCUCAGUCUGAUAUUGACUUGGCUCAAGCCUGUGGUGCGUGCAUAGUUGGUUUCAAUGUUCGUAACCCCCCCAGUAGCAUUAUUCUGGCCGCAAAUCAAGCGAGUAUUAAGAUCUUCAUGCAUAAAGUCAUAUACCAUCUUCUGGAGGAAAUUGGCAACUUUAUUGUAGAGAAAGCACCAGGGAUAAAAGAUACUCAAAUUGCAGGAGAAGGUGAGGUCCUCAAUAUAUUCGAACUCAAAGGUCGAAGUAAAUCGAAGGGUCCUGAUGUGAAGAUUGCUGGGUGUCGCAUCCUUGAUGGUCAUUUCUCCAAGCCUUCAAAAUGGAGAAUUUUGCGGAGCGGUGAGGUUGUAUACGAGGGCUCAUGCGUAUCGCUAAAACGUGAAAAGAACGAUGUCGAUUUUGUUGAAGGGAAGGGUAAUGAAUGUGGACUUGUCCUUGAUUGUGAUGACUACAAGGUUGGAGACAUCAUCCAGUGCUUGGAGGAGGUGAAGAGGAAGCCCAAAUUUGUAUCCUCAGCCAAUGGAGCAGUUCGCAUCGAGUGUUAAUGGUUUUUGCACGAAAAUUUGUUGUUGGAGGAAUUAUUAUCUUGCAGCAGUUUUGGUUCAUAAUUUUUAUAAGCACUACAGGCAGUUAAUUCAGCGCACAGUAAAUAAUACUGGAAGUCAGCGAUUGAAACUUUUUAGCAUAACUUUACAGUUAGUUUCAUUUGUUGUUCAAGAACUUGUGUGGUGAGAAAGAGGUUUUGAUAGUCAGCUCUCAGAAACUCUGCUUUAUCCGUAGGCUCUACAGCUGAGUUUACAGAUAGACACAGCCGGCCUAAUUAGGCUUUUAGUUAUUGUCAGGAGAAGCAAACACUUCACUCUUCCAGCAUAAAUUAGGAAAUUAUAUGUAUGUAAAACUUUGGGUCUAGUGUUUCUCCUUUGGUCUCACCUUAUUCCAGUAUGUGCAUAUAAGCAUUUUUUUGUAACAAGAUGUUGAGGAGCCAAUAGUA